CGUCCAUUCUCUCAGCGGCACAACGCCCACGAAGCAUGUCGACUGCGGUGACGUCGCGACGAAAGAACAACGGCAAGUCCGAGAUGAGCAUGGCCCAGCUGAUGACGAUGAAGAUCUUGUCCAUGUAUGACCGAACUACCGAUUCGGACGCCAUCGUCCAAGACCUGUAUCACCCGGAUGCAUCGUUCUCGGACCCUUGGGUUGAAGUCCACGGCCGAGAAAACGUCGCAGCGCAUUUCCGUGCAAUUCCGUCGGUUGUGGCCAAGUCGCACGCUGCAAUGAUCCGUGGGUCGAUGGCCGGCGUCACGGUGUUGACGAUUGACAGGUACAUUCGCUCGACUUCUUGGACGCCAAUCACCCCACAUGCAUGCAGCAAUGUCACGUUCCGCUUCAAGCCGUUCCCAUCCUACCUCGGGUGCACGUUUCGCAUGUUCUCCGUGCUCGAGCUGCAAGACCACCAGAUUAUCAAGCACACGGACCACUGGGACUUGAACACGGUCCUCGAGUCAAUUCCGGUCGUGUCGUUUUGCUAUCGCGUCUUUCGCACGGCGUUUGGCCAUGCGUCAUCCCACCUCAUCAACACGUUCAUUCCUCGAACUCCCCGACCCCAAUCGAUCCAAGACAGCGCCGCUGCAGGCUUCGGCGAGGCCGUGCCGGCUGCAAAAAAUCCAAGUAAAGGUAGCUAGCUUGGUCACGUCGGAGUCAGUCGUCUCGCCCACACAAUUAAUAUCUAUUUGCAUUGCUUCAAGCCAACAGCACUACAUGCCGCCUUUGCUGCUCGCAACAAUGCCACGGUUUGAUGAUCCCCCACUGCCGCCUCAACCGUGGAAGCGAGCGCUGGCGAUGCUUAUGCUGUAAAACACCCAUAUCAUGGUUGACUCUA